AUGACCUCCAAGAAAAAUAGCAAGCUCGACCUACUUGUUAGGGUGCGGUACUCUAACCCGCUGCCUGCCCCGCCAUGCCCUCCCAAACUGCUUGAGAUACCGACGACACCAUUGCGUUAUGCACGGCCUGGAUUUCUCGAUGCACUAGCGAACGACACGCCUCUUCCUAUGAUCGUCGACGCAGAAAUGGGUAUGCCUUUGGACCUGGGUCGGUGGGAGUCCUUGUGGAUGUACGAUGAAAACAAUCCAAAAGGGCACGAAACAGCAACCGACAUUCGCGCUCGCUGGGCUGCCCUCGACGCCGGUCUGUCUUAUCGCGUCAUUUUUAUACUUCACACCAACUCUGACGUCUCCAAAGAGUUGAACCCCGACCCUAACAACCUGCAAAUCCUCGAUCCUGAAGACGCGGCUUUACUAGAAGAGCUUGCCCCGUCCACAUCUUACAGCAAUGGCCAGCCCUCCAAUGGGGCGCCGCCUCUUCCUGCGCAUGUCCCGUGGCUACGAAAAACAGAGUAUAUCAGUCGGGAAGGAAUCCAACGGUCGACGAGCAUACCGGACCUGAAAAGUGCUGUCGUCGAUAUCGACGUCUCAAGAGAGGCUCAGUUACGCGACAUUGAGGCCUCUUUUGCUGCCUGCAAUGAAAACUUCGACCUACAAGAACUGCACCAUCCAAAUAAACCCGGUGUUCACGCGGUUGAGUCGUAUGAGAUACUGCCCGACAGCGAAAUCUGGCCGAACCAGUAUGAUUUAUUCAGGUUCGCAGAACGGCCGGGCGAUCGCCCUGCUACCGAGGACGAUCCACGACUUGACUGUGCCAUUCUACGGCCUAUGAAAACCGAACACGAUUCGUUCUUGGCUUACUAUCUCACACAAGAUGACGAGUCUGCCCUGCGGUUGAAAGAGUCUCGACUCUCCGUUGCUCCAUACCAGGUGCCUGUCGAGAAGGAGGAAAUACUGUUCAAUUUCGUUCGCGACUACGAGACUGUCAAGGUCGAGCAAGAAGUGCCCAACGAGUUUAUGAUUGUCAUCGAGGACGAAGCCGAGGCUGAUGUCUUCGACGAGGCCCCACGACAACGCAAAUGUGGGGCGUAUUACAAAAAUAUUGAGCGCAAAAUUUUGCUCAAGAAGAAGCGCGUCAAUGCAUACGACGACGGCUACAGCGACAAAUGGGAGAUCAUCCGAAUGACACAUGUGGAAAUGGACGAGGACCAGGAAACGGAACGCGAUGACCUCUUGGCUGAAGUGGAAAAUCCGCGGUUCUUACGGGAAGAAAUGGAUGCGGACGGAGAAGAGGACGGCCAACAAAUCGCAGUAUCUUGA